CAUGUUCUUCCCUAGAAUAACGGAGGAACAUACAGUUGUUUGGCUGCCAAGAAACUCAUGGAAAGCUUUGAAGCUGAAGGUCUUAGCCUCUGGAUUCAGGUCAAACGACAACCAACCAAAAAGAUUGAACUUUCUGACUGGACUUUAGAGGAUCAUCAUUGUUGAAAUAUAGACCAAUCUGUACCGUCCUCGAUCGUGAUUGUUCGAGUAUUCGAGUCGACCUGAUACUUUUCAUGUCUGUUUUUCGUGUUCAAAACUCGAGCAAAAAGCUUUCAAAAUACAUUCAUAAAGAAUGAUAGCAAACAGAAGCAGCUGUGUGUAGAGAGCUUGGAGGAAAACGUCUCAUCAUGUUUAAAAUGGAAAAGCACGCACGGCGCCAGGACUCGAAUCUGCCGUAUAACCGAAACAUUCCGGGCUGCUUCUGGAACAUAUUUCAGGCCAUUGAUCACCAUCCUUGGCAUAAUGUUAAAAAGAUGCUUCCUUACAGAAAGCAUUCAAGAAGCAAGGGAGGUUCGAAAUCGACUCCGUACAGCCACCACGGCACGGAAGUGCCGGAACAAAUGAACGAUAACAACACGCCUCAAUUUUGUACUGCACAGAGUUGCCCUUAUAACAGAAGAUCUGGAGCAGCUCAGGUAAGUGAAGUGAUGACUAAAGAGACAUCAGAGGAAGAAAGCAUAGAAGACUGGAAGUUGAGCUCCAAUUCGCAACGAAGGUUGAGUCGAACACACUCGAUUCAUCAUUUCGAGUCUUCGUGUUGUUCUCCAGAAGGCAGCACGGGUAGCAGCCGAGUCAGUCCUCAGCCAAAAAGUGGCAUGAAAUUAGUAGCAAAUGGGCUGAAGAGCAAUUCUUUGAAUGCCAUGGAUAUCGAUUACUUUGUUCAGAGAAAAAUUGAUAUGAAGUUGACAUCUUGUACAGAAAAAUGUAAUGAAGAAGUAAAGAAAAGUAAGGAAGAUGAUGAUGGGGAAGAGGUAUUCAAGGAAAAUAGAAUAAUAUUUGCUGAAUUGUUACAAGGUUCAUUCGAUAGCCACACGCCCCGAACCCCGAAAAAUAUGAAGUCGUCUGCAAGUCUAGCGAAAUCACGGUCCUUUCCCGCUCCUGGUUUAGCUCGAAAGGGAUUCAAAAAGCUUAGUUCACUCCAACACAAGCUGACCGAGUCGUUUCCAAAAGGGAAAAGGUCUGCCCCUCAACCAUCAAAGAUGGUUGAAUCUGAUUCUUCUAUGAAUGAAGAUGUGACACCUUGUGACUCUAAUAGUUCUUCGAGCCAUCGACAGCAACCGAGCUCGUUUUCUUUGGGUUCGAACCGUGGACUAAAGUAUGUCGGGUGGAAUCAAUUGGUUAUCAAGCGUUUCAACUUUAUUAGGAAGAAAAUACGGCACUCUAUCAAGGAUAGGAAGAAGGGAAAUAACCAGAAACCAGGUAAACGAACACCGACCACAGAUCGUUCUCGACAUGAACUUCACGACAGAAAUGAGGCUCGGGAAAGAUCAGAAAUGACUGCAAGCGAAGAUGGCUUGGGUUUUAGAGGCUAUAGUGAGGCUGCUAGUUCUGAGAGUGAUAAUCUUGAUAAGGAAGUUCAAACCAAGACAGGAACUGCUUCACUGGAAAGAUGUUCUCAACUGUCCGAUUAUGGUUUCAAUAGAAACAGAGAGGAAAAGUUCAAUAAGAUUCCGAUUAGAGAGACGCCUGUAAAGUCGUUCGGAAGGAAUCUUUCUAUGCCGGAUAUUAAUCUCUUUUAUACAUUAUUUACUGAGCCUCCUCAUGGUGUUUCUCGACCCGGAAAACCGAAAAGGGGUGUGGUACAUUUCAGUAAUAACGUUCGAAGAGACGAGAAUCCAGCUCAUCGGUUGAACGUAGAGAUAUCUCAACCGUUGCCUGGUGCUUCGAGUGUGUUAGAACAAGGUGAUGAUAACAUAGCUGUUGAUCAUUUAGGUAGCGUAAACGAGGUCGAAAAUGACGAGACAGCUGAGCUUCGGAAGCAAAUGCCUUGCCUAGAUGUUUCAGACAGUAAAUGUCAUCUGUUGGAAAUUCAAGAUGUCGACGAGGCUGCUGAUGAACAAGAACAAGAACAAGAGCUCUUCGAUUUAGAAGGUUGCAUUGUAAACGAACUCGAACCAUCCAACGACCAAUUUACCGAGGCGAGCGUAGAAGCUUUACCACCUUUUGAAACCGUUGUGAAUCAUGAGAUAAUUGAUGAUACUGAAAAGAUUUCUCUAUCUUUCCUUCUGCAUUCCGAACCCGAUCGAAUCAAUAACGGUGACUUCGACUAUAUGAGGUACAUUCUUCAGCUCACCAGCCUUAUCGAAACCGAUCACGCAAUAAACCGACCGCUCGGUUCUUCGAUGUUCGAGGGAGGAGGAGAGGAGGCUCACUCUUACAAAAUAUUCGAACUCGAACGCUCUUGGGAGAAGGUUGAUCAAGAUUCUGAUCAUCAGCUUAUGAUUGAUUUAGUUUAUGAGACAUUACAUAAUGUAUUUGAAAAAUCAUUCAUUUGUUUCCUCAAAACGUUCUCCUCGAAAAGUCAACUCCGUCCAAUGCCACUUGGACUAUACGUUCUCGAGGAGGUCCGAGAAAAAGUUGCGUGGUACCUAUGCUUAGGACCUGAACUAGACCAGUUUUUGGACGAUGUUGUGGAGAGAGAUUUACGAAAAGGCGAUGAUUGGAUGAACCUCGAAUCCGAAUCGGAGUACGUAGCUCUCGAGUUGGAGGAUUUGAUUCUUGAUGAUCUUUUAGAUGAAGUACUGAGGUUGUCAACUGCUUAUCGAGCUCGUUCGUACUUUUUGUAACCUCGUUGGUAGGAUUGUUGUGGGUAGUUGUUGUUGAUACUGUAUAGUGGCAAUGUCCAUGUCUGUGUACAUAAUUAU